AGUGGGACAACGGCGCUCUUGUACGCCGCCAUCAAUGGCCACCCAACUGUCGUGCAAAGACUUCUAGACUGCGGUGCGGCCGUGGACCUGGCGAAUGAGAUUAGGCGCACAGCGCUGAUGUACGCCGCCCAGGGUGGCCACACACCCGUCAUGGAAAGGCUGAUCGACUCGGGUGCAGCUGUGGACCUUAUGGACAAGGACAGUUGCACUGCUCUGCAUCACGCAGCUUGGCACGGAAAGAUGCCGGAGGUGAAGCUCCUCCUUGAGAGGGGCGCUGACACAUCCAUCAGGAACAAGGAAGCUGAUACCGCUGCAGGACUGGCAAAGAGGAACAAGCAUCCAGAAAUUGCCAAAUUUAUCAAAGGCUGGAAAAAGUCGUUCAUCAAGAGAAUGUUUUGA